AUGGCUUACCCCAUACAAUUAGGCUUCCAAGAUGCAACAUCACCUAUUAUAGAAGAACUACUACAUUUUCAUGACCAUACAUUAAUAAUUGUCUUUCUAAUUAGCUCAUUAGUGCUCUAUAUCAUUUCAUUAAUGCUAACAACAAAACUAACUCACACUAGUACAAUAGACGCCCAAGAAGUAGAAACAGUAUGAACUAUUCUACCAGCCAUUAUUCUAAUUUUAAUUGCUCUCCCAUCUUUACGAAUUCUCUACAUGAUAGAUGAAAUUAAUAACCCAUCACUCACAGUAAAAACCAUAGGACAUCAAUGAUAUUGAAGUUAUGAAUAUACAGACUAUGAAGACUUAAGCUUUGACUCUUAUAUGAUUCCAACAUCAGAAUUAAAGCCAGGAGAACUACGAUUACUAGAAGUAGAUAACCGAGUUGUUCUACCAAUAGAAAUGACAAUCCGAAUACUAGUCUCUUCUGAAGAUGUACUACACUCCUGAGCCGUACCUUCUUUAGGGUUAAAAACAGACGCGAUCCCAGGACGCUUAAACCAAACAACUCUUAUAUCAACUCGACCAGGUCUAUAYUAUGGACAAUGCUCCGAAAUCUGUGGAUCAAAUCACAGCUUUAUACCUAUUGUUCUUGAACUAGUUCCACUAAACUAUUUUGAAAAAUGAUCUGCGUCUAUACUAUAA